AUGCGGCCUCGUCAAGCUGCUAUUGCUACUCGGGGAAUUCAUCAGCAUCAAAUUGCAAUAAGUCAUUUCAUUUUUAUUGUCACAAGAUUUGGAGAAGAUAAAAAAUUAAGGAGGGAACGUAAAAAGUUGAAAGAAGAAGAAGAAUUAACUGAAUGUGGUUUGGUAGAACGUGAUCAAAAUUUCGUGGAACAUCAGCUAAACUUUGUGGAAUAUCAUCGAAAAUUAGUGGAACUAGGUGAAAAGGCAGAGGAGGAACAGAAUUUAAUUGAAAAUCAUUCAGACAUAGUGGAACAUUGUCAAAAAUUAGUAGAACAGCAUCAAAAGACAGAAAAGUAUCAAAAAUUAAUUGGAGAUCAUCCAGACUUAGUGGAACAUUAUCAGAAAGCAGUGGAACAAAAGGAGAAAUUAGUGGAACAAUAUCAAGGGUCAGAGGAGCAUCAAAAACCAGGUAAACAGUAUCCGGACUUAGUGCAACACUAUCAGAAUUCAGUGGAACAGCACCAGAACUCAGAAGAACUGGAAAUAUUACCAGAAGCUAAUCCAAACUUUGUGGAACACUUUCACAAAUUAGUGGAACAGAAUCAGAAGUCUGAGAAUCAUCAAAACUUGCUAGAAGCUCAUCCAGACUUAGUGGAACACUAUCAGAAAUUAGUAGAACAGUAUCAGGAGACAGAGGAGCAUCAAAUAUUAGUAGGAAAUCAUCCAGACUUUGUGGAACAUUAUCAGAAUUCAGUGCACCUGCAUCAGAAGUUAGAGGAGUAUCAAAAAUUAGGUGAACAUCAUACAAACUUAGUGGAACAUUAUCAGAAAUCAGUGGAACAACAUCCAGAAUUAGUGAAACACUAUCAGAAAUCAGUGGAACAGUAUCAGAAGUCAGGGGAGCUUCGAAAAUUUAUUGAACAUCAUUCGGAUUUAGUGGAACAUUGUCAAAAAUUAGUUGUACAUCAUCCAGACAUAGUGGAACAUUAUCAGAAAUCAGUGGAACAAUAUCAGAAUCCAAAAGUACAAGAAAAAUUAUCAGAAAAUUUAAUAGAACAUAAUCAAGAAUUAGUAAAACAUUGUCAAAUUUUGCCGAAAAGUACGAGAACCUCAACUGAAUAUCAUCAGAAAUUGACAAAACAUCAAAAUCAGAUUAAAUCUAGUCAAAAAUUAAUUGUCAAUCGACAAAAAUUUGAUAAAAAUCAAAGUCUCUUCAAAAACAGUAUAUUGAAGGAAACGAAAAUGGAUAAAAUGGGAACAGAUCAGAUAACCAGUUUGGUGAAUUUCUACACGACAACAUAUAAACUUGUGCAAAAAUUCGCCCUGACUUGGAUGAAACAGGGAGCCUGGCUAUAG